GGAGGUUAUAAAAGCACCCACGCUGCUGUUCUGCAGCCACCUUCCACGCACAAACGAUCAGGCGUUCCCCCCUUGACCGUCCUCUGCGGCCGUUGAAGCAGUGGGUCAAACAACGACGCUAACGCUGGAGCUGUAAAAAUAACAACGGGGGCUCCCGUUUAAAGCGCCGCAGCAAGCCUACCAGCCCAGCGCAGUGUGAUCACUUGCGACUGUCUCUGAAACUCUUUCUGUUUCGGAGAAGUGCAAAUUGAUUAGCCAAAACAAACACUGCCGCCGCAGCACUUCCACCAAGGAUAUCAACAACCCCCAAAUCGAAACAAAAUGGUGCAAAACAAGAUCACCGAAGUCACCGGAUUUCACCGCUCCUUCAAGGGGCAAAAUCCCUUUGAAUCAGAUGACUUCACUAAAAAUGGAUCCCAUCUUAUUGAUUCAUCAUUUAAUUUUGAUUCCUCCCCAAGACACGACAUGCCUUCCAGCCAGCCUAUUGACAUCCCCGACGCCAAGAAGAGAAACAAGAAGAAAAAGCGUUGCCGGGCAACUGACAGUUUCUCUGGGAGAUUUGAGGAUGUCUAUAGACUGCAAGAAGAGGUACUAGGAGAGGGCGCGUAUGCCAGAGUGCAAACAUGCAUCAACCUCAUCACCAACAAAGAAUAUGCUGUCAAGAUCAUCGAGAAAAGACCAGGUCACAGCCGCAGCCGUGUCUUCCGUGAGGUUGAGAUGCUCUACCAGUGCCAGGGCCAUAGUAACAUCCUGGAGCUGGUGGAGUUCUUUGAAGAGGAAGACAAAUUUUACCUGGUGUUUGAAAAGCUUAGAGGAGGGUCGAUCUUGGCACACAUUCACAAGAGAAGGCACUUCAGUGAGCAGGAAGCUAGCGUGGUUGUGCAGGACAUUGCCAGUGCUCUAGACUUUCUGCACAACAAGGGAAUGGCACAUAGAGAUCUGAAACCUGAAAACAUUCUCUGUGAGAGUGCAGCCAAGAUUUCCCCAGUCAAGAUUUGUGACUUUGAUUUGGGAAGUGGGAUCAAGCUGAAUAGUGAUAGCUCACCCAUCUCCACCCCUGAGCUCCUCACUCCUUGUGGUUCGGCAGAGUACAUGGCACCUGAGGUAGUUGAAGCCUUCAGUGAAGAAGCUACAAUCUACGACAAGCGCUGUGACCUGUGGAGCCUGGGAGUCAUCCUCUACAUCAUGCUGAGUGGCUACCCACCCUUCGUAGGCCGCUGUGGUGGCGACUGUGGCUGGGAACUGGGGGAGCCCUGCCACACCUGCCAGAACACUUUGUUUGAGAGUAUCCAGGAAGGGAAAUACGAAUUUCCAGAGAAAGACUGGGCUCACAUCUCCUCAAGUGCCAAAGACCUUAUAUCCAAACUUCUGGUCCGGGAUGCCAAAAAACGCCUGAGUGCCAGCCAGGUCCUGCAGCACCCUUGGGUGCAGGGGGGUGCAUCUGAUACUUUGCCAACGUCCAUCUUACAUCAGAGAACCAGCAGUGCCCGGGAUCUGACCUUCUUUGCUGGAAAGGCCAUGGCUGUGAACCGGCAACUGGCUGAACAGGAUGGCAUGGAAGACCAGCAGCAGCAGGAAGCCCCGUUCGUCGUUACUGCUACAGGCUCAUCCAUGCGCCUCUCUCCUCCUUCCAACUCCAAACUGGCCAGGCGCAGGCAGCGAGGCAGCCAGCCCAAGGGAGGGCCCGUCUCCGCUGCAGAGCUCCGUCAGCUCUUGGCUCCUCUCGUUAUCGUGGGAGACUGUGCCUGAACUUUUUCGACCCUGAAUUCAGACCUUCCGUUAUGAUUCAAGUCCAGAUCCAAGACUGCCCUGAGACUCUCCCUGCCCACUUCUGGCCCCUCUCUCUUGGUUCCUCUGCCAUUCAGGCUUCCUUGCCUAGCUGUAAAGGGAGGUGCUGCUCGCAGCCCUUCCUCUUAAUGCCUUCUGCCCUUCUGCAGCACUUCUGAAGCACAUCAGCACAGGGCCUGCAUAUAGCAAACACAGAUAUGUGCUCAUCCAGGUUGGGGAGGAGGGCCAGUUAAUGACUUGGGAGAGAGAAGUAUUUUCUAACUUAUGUUCUUUUUAUUUUACUUUUUUUCAUAUAAUUCAGUUCAAAACUAAGCUCAGACACCAAAGGACAACCUGUUGUGCUGCUCCCAUGUUACAACUGGAUCCACUGUGAAUUAAGUUAUCUGGAAUGUUCUCUUUGCCUGUAUGUAUGUGCAUGAGUGGCCCAUCUGCAGAUACUUACAAGCUUAUGCAAUAUGCCAAGAUGAAGGCUGUUCUUGUCUCGAAGGGAUUCAUUGUAUAAGGGGUUGGAAGGGCUGUAAGCCAAUGCUGUCUGUGCCUGGUGCAGUCCAUUAUGCGGGUGGGGAUUCUUCAAAGAAUUAUUUUUUUUUCCUCCAUUUUAAGAUGAAUUCCUCAUGACUGAGCCUCUUCUGUCCGAGAGGAGACACGCACUCGCCCAGCUUAGCGGCCACGCACUUAAUGCUUCACGAGCAAAGAAUGUUUGCCUGUACCCGACCAGCUACGACUUACCUUUAGAUGACCGUAUAUCCCAAACUGUCACAUCACCCACUGUCUGAGACCUUCAGGCAAGUUGUGAGAUUUAUAUUUGACUUGGUCAUGGUAUAUGUCCAUCAAAUCAGAUCCUGAGCUUCUAUGUCUGGUAUGUUGGUACAGGCUAAUUAUACAGUAUGUUAAAUGGCUACGCAAGUGAAAUUGGGUCGGUGUUGUUUUCAUUGUAAAGAAAUUGACAGUCCUCUUGCUACAACUAGAAUUUGUAUUUUUUUUUUUUUUGAUAUAUUUUUUUUUUCUACGGAUGAAUUUAUGCAUCUUUAGAUUUAACCUUAAAUAUUUUGGCAGUAAAGGUUAAAACUCCUGAUGGGGGUUGAAAAGCACAUUUUGGCCAAUGUGACCAGAGUCAUUUGUUGAUCAAAUACAUUUUACAUUUAUUUGGACCAUCA